AUGAAUUGCCCCUCACGCACCGACGACACGCUCGAGCACUCCGGUUGGAAUCAGAACCCCCGGCUCUUCAGCCCCGACACCACCACUCGGAACGACUUCAACGGCAUCGCUAAUUCCAAGGUUCAUCGCAUGCAUGUAGCCAACACUGGUGGAGUCGGGGACGACGCGAUGUUCAUCGAUCAUCGACUGUACAGUCGUGAGCGCCAAGACCCGGGGAUGGAGAAUGUCCCGGAUGGCGAAGUGGUCGCUGCGACCUCGGGGAGUGAACCUCCCUCGAGGGCCAGCGAUUCACCUCGCCGUCCUUUCCAAACCAUUUUGACGUCUUCCACUGUGUACUGUGCCCGGGAAGUGACUAAUUUUGUCCGCUUCAUUGGACCCGGGUUUCUCAUUGCAGUAGCCUACAUCGAUCCAGGAAACUACGCUACAGAUGUUGCCGCCGCGGCAAUAAUUGCAACGGAUAUUGCCGAGGUAGUUGGAUCCGCGAUCGCACUGAACUUGCUCCUAAAGAUUCCUCUGGUAGCUGGAUGUGCCAUCACCUUGACCGAUGUUCUCUUCUUACUCAUCUUCUAUCGACCAAACGGGUCGAUGAUGGGGUUGCGCUUGUUCGAGCUCUUCGUCGUAGCGCUCGUUUUAGGCGUUGUCGUAUGCUUUUGCAUUCAGCUCUCCCUUAUUAGGAACCAAACUGUCGGGGAAAUCUUCCGGGGCUACUUACCAUCAUCCUCAUUAGUUCAAGGGCAAAGUCUCUACCAGAGUUGUGGGAUUCUUGGCGCCACGGUCAUGCCACACUCGCUCUUCCUUGGUAGUGGCAUUGUGCAGUCUCGCUUGAAAGAAUUCGAUGUCAAUGCUGGCUAUGUCGUGUCCACAGUAGCCCUGGGAAGCGACAGCAGUCAAGUGAAAUACCGCCCAACGAUCCACGCAAUUCGCGGUUGCAUGAAGUAUUCGAUCAUCGAGUUGAUCCUGACGCUGUUUACGUUUGCGCUCUUUGUCAACAGUGCUAUCCUUAUUGUCGCCGGCGCUUCUCUCUCCGACAUUGCCAACAGCAGCAGCGCUGACCUCUUCGGUAUCCAUACCCUCCUAACCCAGUCGAUUGCACCAGCUGCUGGCUUAAUUUUUGCCUUGGCCCUGCUGCUGUCAGGUAUCUCUGCUGGUAUUAUCUGCACUAUGGCUGGCCAGAUGGUGAGUGAGGGGAUGUUGAACUGGAGCAUUCGACCCUGGCUCCGAAGGCUCAUCACCCGUUCUAUCAGUAUCAUCCCAAGUAUCAUAAUCGCGGGAGCCGUUGGCAGGGAGGGUUUGACCCAGACUCUCAGUGCUAGCCAGGUAGUUCUGAGCAUAAUUUUGCCCUUUGUUUCAGCCCCGCUGAUCUACUUCACUUGCUUCAAUCGCUAUAUGACUGUUCGAACAGAGCAGUCUGGCGAGCGCGAUAAUGAGGUUCUGGUGGAAGAAGUCCCUAUGCGAAACCCCUUUUUUCUUUCCGGGGUUUCUGUGCUCGCGUGGCUGCUCCUUGCCGUGAUGAAUGUGGCACUGCUGGUUAUGGUCGGACUGGGCGAGUCCUGA